UCCAGCAGGUGGCGGCACUGCAUCUCGAUGUUUGCGGUAAACCACCAUAGAAGAAGAAGCAGAAGCCGGAGGAGUGUUCGGUGGACGUGUGGCAGGAGCCGGUCACAUUAGUGUGGGGUCUAAAAGGUAAACAGCAGGUGUUGGAGAUGUUGGGGCUGCGGUGCAUCAUGGGUGACCUGCGAGGAGGAGCGGCACUCCGGAGGACAUUUGUGUCUUCGGCGGUGCUGAGUUUGAGGUGGCGGCUAGCACCGCAGGACAGGCUUCCUCAGGCUCGCUUCCUCUCUGGUGAUCGGGACUCGUCGCCGUCAGUAGUGGCUAAAAUGAAGCUGCGGACUCGGCUGCUGGUUACGCUGUUGUUCGGCGGCGGGUUGCUGGGUAUGUGGUGGUUUGUGCACUCAGAGAAACAGCAGAAGCUGCAGCAGCAGCGAGUGGAGCAGCUGCGGCAGGUGGCGCUGGGGCAGGGCACUUUCAGCCUCAUGGACCACACGGGGUGCCGCCGGACAAAGAAGGACUUCCUGGGCAACUGGGUGCUGCUGUACUUUGGCUUCACGCACUGCCCUGACAUCUGCCCCGAAGAGCUGGAAAAGCUAAGCACUGUCGUGAUGACUCUGGACCGCGACGCCUCGCUGCCGCCGGUGCAGCCCCUUUUUAUCACUGUAGACCCAGAGCGGGACGAUGAGGCGGCGCUUGCCCGGUACGUUAAAGACUUCCAUCCCCGGCUGAUUGGGCUGACGGGGACGGUCGAGGAGGUGAAGCACGCAGGGCGGGACUACAGAGUGUACGCCAGCGCCGGGCCCAAAGACGAGGAUGGCGACUACAUUGUGGACCACACUAUCCUCAUCUACCUUGUCAGCCCUGACGGCCUCUUUCUCGACUACUACAACAGGAUGAAGAGUGAUGAGCAGAUCGCCGACAGUGUCCGCAAACACAUCAAAAACUAUGCCACGCUGUGAGCGCUGGCUAUAUAGCAACCAAUUACAGACUGUUUUCAUAACAACCCCACUCACAGCUGGGGGAUAAACUGCUUCUUGUCCUAAAACGGGACACUUCUCCAUGGUAACACAGAACUGUAAACGUGUUUGAAGUGAAAGUUUGUCGAUCAUAACAAUGUAAAAUCCAGAGAGCAUGCUCCCUCA